UUUCAAGCAUGCACGUUCCAGUUUUUACUGACAUCUCAACAUGCGAAUAAUGCGAUAUUUGCGACACAUUAAUAUCCCGCAGAUUGAUGUCCAAAGGCAUAUCGCUUACAAUGCCCUGCAGUGCUAGUUUGAUAGCUUUCGUUAGGUUGCUUCUGUCAUCUAGUUUUAAAAAUCCCCUCAGCGUCUCAAAACUGUCAAAAAACACCUGUUGUUAUUAUUGUUGUUGUUGUUGUUGUUGUUGUUGUUGUUAGUUUUAAAGAUCAAUGAAUGUAUAAUAUUUCAACACUAUUUCAUUACUAAAAACUGCAGCCAUAUUUAGAUGGAAAAGAAAGUGUCUUUGCUUAGAAACGUYAUGGGUUUCGCUGGUUCAUGGUGAUAUUUAUUUUGUUAAAUUAAAUUACAUAGAUCUUUUCAACACAUGAUAAUGUUGACUUCGUCAUUGACUGAGUUAGCUAAGGGCUCUCUUUUAUUUCGUGCAACAGUGUACCUAAAGAUUGUUUUUCAAAAGAAACUUCUGACAAACUUCAAACAAAUUUCUGAAGAAUGUCUCAACGCGAGAAAAAAGGGGUAAAUGAAGUACUAAGCUUGAUUGAAGAAGUUUUUACCAUUUUUACCGUUUUUACUUUUCUUUAUAUAUAUAUGUAUAUUUACCAAGAAGCCAAAAUCUUAAUACGUUUUUCAACAAUGCCUGAAGCAAAGGAAGCUCUUUUUAUUUAUAACACUUCAGCUAGCUAAAUGAAUAGAAAAGGCAUAAAAACGAUGGCUUGGAGUACACAAAUCUAUCACGGAUGAUGCUUCUCUGAACACAAAGGCUUCAUUGAGGGCGCAAUUAUUUUCCUUUCAAAUUAUGGGUUACUCAACAUGUACCGCUUAAAGCUAGUGUUAAUUAUUAUUACUUUAUGAGACGGAUUUUUGUUUUUGGAGCUUAAUGGUGAAGAGGAUGGUCAACAACACGAAGAAGGGGUGUAAAUAAUAUUGAUGGUUAAGUAAAUAUGCCAUAGAAAGUAUAGGAAGGAGAGGAAGAAAAUAAAAUAAAAAAUGAAGUAGGUGUCAAGAGCAGGAAAACAUGAUAAGAAAGUAAGACAAAUAGACGAUAAUUAGAUUAAAAAUAGUAAAAACUGGUUUUAUUGAACCAAAACGCAAGGGCACAAUUAUCAUUGCUGUUAUUGCGUUCGUUGUUAUCUCGGAGUGUUUUCACAUGAGCCAUUUUUAAGGCGUAGGGACAAUGCAUUGUUUUUCGCAAGAAAUUGCAUUUUCCAUGGAUGGAAUUUACACCAUUGUUUGACUACAUGACUACAUUUGAAGCCGCUGAAUAGCACAAAGCAAUAGCAAUAAURAAAGCGGUGAUUACCGAUGAUGAUAAUGGUGUCAUUGUGGUUGUGGUCAAGAUGAAAAUGAAAUAAUGRUAAUCACGAAUGAUGGUACUAAAAAUAAUAAUAAUCGAAGAUAAUGAUAGUAAUGGUGGUGGUGGUUGUGGUCAAGAUGAAAAUGAAAUAAUGAUAAUCACGAAUGAUGGUACUAAUAAUAAUGAUAAUCGAAGAUCAUGAUAGUAAUGGUGGUGGUGGUUGUGGUCAAGAUGAUAACAAAAUAAUAAGUGAUAAUUACAGUUGAUGGUAUUAAUAAUGAUGAUGACGGUGCUAGUGCUGUUUAAGGUUAGUCAUUAUAUUUCACCACCGGACAAAAGUAUUUACUGAUUACAAUUUGAAAUGCGUUUAAAACUGCUUUGAUACGAUCACGGCAGUUAGUAUUGCCGUUUUUUAAACAGUUUUAAACUCUGGUUUAAGAGUUUGAUGUGACGUGACAGACGUCAACCAACAAAUCCAAAAUUCGAUAAGUUGACAAAAAGGAGUAAGAUGUCGCUCAGUCAUAAUAGCUUCAAUUUGUAAAACUGACUUUUUCCUAUAAAUUUGUGAGUAGCGACAAAGACGGCAACGUAGAGACGCACUGGCGUUCGCUUGAGUAUUUUUCGAUGGAAAUAAAGAGCUCUCGGCACGGAAUCAAUGAAAUUUCGUUCUGAUGAUAUAUGACGUUUGAUAGCCACUUCAGAAAGUCCUUUUUCGCGUAACUCACAAAACAAACGACUUUUAAAACAGCUAAGUCGUCAAACAUGAGAUAGUUAUCUUGUUCUAUUUAUAUUGAUUACUAUGCAUUAGAUAUCGUUAUUCCAGCUUUAAAUAACUAAACUGAACGGUUAAAGCAUGAUAUUGGGGCUCGUAGCUGGUGAUACAUCUUAUCGAUAUGAUGCGUCUGUUAGCUGCAAGCCAGGGUCGCGUUGCAAAGUCAUUUAUUUGACGUGAGACUUCAGCAAGUUUCAAUUGAAAAUGAAAAAUUGUGAUGUAAAGAUUCUUUAAGGGUAACGUGACAUGUUUUGGCUGGUGACAAUUGAAUAGUGAUCUGUAAUCAUGAAGUUCAACUCUUCCCCUCUUAAGAAGACAUUGACUGCCAACUUUUGCUUUCACUUGCGAUUCAAGUCCUUCACAUUAUCCUCAAAAAGUGCAAUUUCUUUUCAGCCACUUCACAGAUUGGUCAUAUUUUUUUUGUCUGCAUUCAUGAUUACAGCUGCGCUUGGCUUCUGAAAUCUACCUGCUCAGAGGUCUACGAAAGUCCUCGUUUUUUCUCUACCAACCAAGCUAAAAUUAAAGAACAGACAAARUAUAGGUAUAUUUUGGAAGUCUGUACUUCGGAAGAAUGCGCGGGAAGUGGUUAACAAAGAGCGACGGCYGAUAGAGACUUUUGUUAAUUCAAAGCAAAGUUAAAAAAAAAGUGACUGGGCAAAAAGAAUGAACAGAAAAGACAGGAAAGGAAAACAGCUUUGAUGUCAUUAACUCAUACUGUGGCUCAAUAGGGAGUUUAAAAAAUAUUGGAUCUAGAACAUUACAAUCUAAAAACCUUUGGCUACAGCUAAACGACCAAAAGCUUUAAACCCUUAAACCAAAAAUUGGUGGCAGCGGUAURAGAGGAAAAUCGAAAACCGCUUAAACAUCUGUUCUUCCAAGGGUGAUACAACACACAGCCUGUCUUUAAAAAAAGGCCUCGGAGUUAUAAACUUCCCAGCAAGAUACGUUCGCAAGCCGUGAAGUCGGAUCGAGGAGCGCAACGUCAUGGAUAACUAACUUAAAGUCAGCUGGACGCCUAAGUUUGUACUUUGAUUAACUAGGCCAACUCGGUAGGGAACAGUUGUUCUUGAAUACACUAAAAAAACAAGUGAAUCCAAGAUGCUAGCGACCCUUAGAUAUCUAAACAUGUGGAAAAGAAUUGCCUUUUCUGCAACCAUGUUGUGGUUUUGUGGSAGCACUUGUGGUCAACUGCCUGAACGCCCCAGCCCGGAACAAAUUUCUGCAAUUUGUGGAAAACCAAUUGGCCUAUCAAACGGCAAAAUCCCAGACUCAAGCCUGACAGCACUUUCAGUAUUCGACGAUGAUUUCUCUAACUACGGAGCUCAUAGAGCACGUCUCCACCUAAACAAGUGGCCCCCCGGAUACAGAGCUGAUCCUAAAGCUACGAACAACACGUGGAUAAAGGUGGACUUCGGGGAGCCAUGGGUGAUAACAGGGAUAGCAACACAAGGAUAUGGGGGAAACACAACAGAGGAAUGGCUGACGGAGUAUAUGUUGAUGACUUCAACGGGAAGUGAUUAUUCACCCAUAAGAGCCCUCAAUUACUCGAGAAUGAUUUUCACUGGUAAUAAAGAUAGAACUUCGGUGAAGUUCAACGCCAUCCCCAUACCUGUCCUCGCCACGUCUCUUACUCUUUACCCUCUGAAAUGGCAUAACAAUAUUGGAUUAAGAAUGGAACUAUAUGGCUGUAAACCUGGAUAUCACAUUCAGGCUAUGGUGUCACCUCUUGGCUUUCACUUCACCAAAUCUUACCUGGAUCCCAGCAAUGUCGAUUACGUUAACUUGGCAAUUGAUAUUCAAAAUGAGAUAAAUCAUCUCCUGAGGGACAUCCCGGGAUUCCUAUCUGCCAAGGUUAUUCGUUUCAACCCCACAUGGGAUUUGGAAAAGGACCCAUUUCAUCAGACUGAAGCAGAAGUUGAAAUCCAGUGCAUUGAAAACACCACCAAAUACCUUGAACAAAUGUUGCAGUUCAGAAUUCAGGAACAUAAAGUGUUUCUCAACCCAAGCCAUCUUCUAUUCCAUCAUCCUCUUGACAAGAAUGACAAAUGCUCAUCACCAAAUGUCCAAAUCAACCUGAACAAAAACCUCAGUCAAGUCAAGCGAAUCACUACAGUAGACAACCUCACAGUGAAAGGAGACGUCACAAAAUUAGGCUGCAAAGUCUACAGAAAAACCAAAAUGAAAUGGGAACUAUCUGCUCUCUACAAAGAGGGCAACAAGUUCACCCGUUUGGACCAUCAGCUGGGUGAUGGCGAUAGUAUCACACUAAAGCCAAAUCAGUUUCCUCCAACGCUGAUGUUUGUUCGGUUUGUUGCGAACACCGAGAAGAUUGAAGUAUCCUCGUAUGAUUAUGGAAUAGUACAGAUAGACCUUCCACCCCUGCAGGUAAACCUGACCGGGCCUACCAAAGUAAAAAAGGGCGAAGGAGUUAUUAUUUUAGACGGCUCUAAUUCCUAUGAUCCAGACAUUACAGAAAGUUCCAAAAAUGAAACAAUGACCUUCACGUGGUUUUGUAAGAGAGAUGACGAUUUCACGCAUGCGCAGUACUCCGCACGACGUAGAGCUCAAUACCUUAAUCAAUAUCGCUAUAAGACAAAAUUCAUGAGGUCAAUGCCAGCUGAUGUACCAUUCGGAAGGCCAYAUAGUGAUGAUGGAUGCUUUGGUUUUGGUCCUGGUCGGUUGUCAACAAAAGAACCUAAACUUAAAGUCAACGUUAAUCGGAUGAAAUCAAGACACAAGUAUAUUUUUACUCUAACUGUGACGAAAGGAAGAAGACGAUCCACGGUGUACCAUACACUAAAGCUUGAACCUUCUGUCUUCUUCAGGAUAAGGUGCUCAAAAAACUGCGUGCGCGGUGGCAAAAUCAGCCGGUCAAAGAAAGUUUUCUUAUCGACCACAUGCAUCGCUAAAGAAUGCCUUACAAUUUCAAGCUACAAUUGGAUUCUGUUCAAAGAGACCCGGAGCUUCCUCAACGGGUCGAUGUGGCACAAGACAAAGAGUGUAGUUCCUUACACUGAAGGGUUUACCGACGUGAGUAGCUUGAUAAUGACGGAUCUCCAGAAACUUGGUGCUAAUGAAAGAGAUUUUCGAAUUAAAAUCAGGUCUKUGAUCAAGCUGACCGUAAACAAUUACAAAAUAGAAGAAGAGGACGAAAUGGUUUUGAAGCUAAACGCACCUCCAUUUUCGCUCUCAAACCCAAAAUGCCGUAUCUUACCAGAAAUAGGAAAGGCGAAGUCCACAGCGUUCAAUAUCAAUUGUGGCAAAUGGCAUGACGAGGAUGAUAAACUAUCCUUCGAGUAUCGGUACAAGCGGUCCAAUAAUAUCGUUAUUAUAAGUAGCGGCUCUUCGUCCAACGUCACGGCAAGGCUCCCGAUAGGCGUGGGGAGUGAUAACUUCUCUAUUCCCAUCGAAGUGAGAGUUCAUGACCUUUCUGGAGAUUUUACCAAGGUUACUCUCCGAGCAAAGGUGAAUGAAGUGGACCUCAAUGAUUUCGCUAUAAUUUUACAUGGCAUAGUGGACGAAAAAGACAAUGAGUUGACCAAGCAAGACAACAUGGAACAGAAACGAAUACUAUCGAUCGCCGUGCUGUCACUAGUGGACAAAACACACGAUGGCGAUAAGGAAAAUGAUCUUCGGAAAAAGCUUGGAGUGAACAAAGAAACAGCAAGAAAGUUGAAGGACGAAAUCAUCAAGCAGAUCGAAGGACACCCGGUGUUAGACUGGCAAGGAGCGACCCAAGUCCUGACUGUGGUUAAUUUGGCAACUGGGGAAAAAGAUGAAACAUCUGACGACGUCAAGAGUAAGGCGCUCAAAAUGCUGGAUAAGGUCAAAGACUUCAUUGCCUCAAAGAUCCGUAGCGACAGUACUAUGACGGAACUCAAACAGAGCAUCACGACUAACUACUUUGCCGGCAUCGGGAAUCUCCUGCGGACCUUUGCAGCUUCAAUGCGCUUCUAUCCUGAUAUGUCAAUGUUAGCGCAGGAACAGAUGAGAAAGAGCAAGCAAUACACUGAGGAGGCUUUGAAGCAGUUACGAAGUCUCGGAACCAYGCUACUGGCUACAAAAACAGUGGAUGAAAACCUGAGUGUCUUUAGCACGAAGUCUAUAUCUCUAAUCAUUUCUAACAAUUCUCCCUCCAUGCUGAGAGAGAUGUCUGGUUCUCUCAUUCAGUCGGGGAGUAGGAAGGUGACCUUUCCUUCGUUCGGGGGCAUAUUUGAUGGGAAAAAUGGGAGCCAGCUGUCUUCUGUAAAGUCAAAGAUCAUCAUGUUCUCUAAUAACCCCUUUCUCUGGGACAAAUCUACCACAUACAUCAACUCGUGGGCCGUCGAUAUUAAUCUCUACAAUGACACGGGUAAUCACCUUGAGAUCUCUAACCUCAAGAACCCAGUGGGUAUAUAUUUACCAGAAGACUCGCCAGAGACGCUACCCAAAGAUCAACCAAACUUCGUCAAGCCAACAGAAAACUCAUCAGAUGCAUCUAGAAUGCGCUACCAUAGCUUUAACAUCCUCUACAGCCAUUCUACUGCGAUGAUAAAGAUCAAACCAGAAAAUGACAGACACUUUCAGGUGUAUGUAAGCGCGGGAGUACGACCAACGCCAUGGGAUUACAACUUUACGACGAUCAUCCCGGACUUUUCGGCCUGCCAAAAGACAUACAAAAAUGAAAGUACGAGUUACGUCAAUUGCACAAUGGAUCCCUAUAUGUUCAAUGUUUCCAGUACAAUAACUGGAAAAACUGGUAACCAUUUUGUUGGAAUCAGGUAUCUGGACUCCGAAACGCCAAAGCAGGAGGAAGAAGAGAUUCAUCAUAGGAAUAGAAGAGAUUGUGGACCAGGAAGGAGAAAGAAAAGAUCCUGUGUUGGCGUGAAGGAUCCUCCUACUGUACCUAUCCCGACCAUGGUGGUUAUUCCUGAUUAUAACGCAACUACUGAUGCUAACUAUACUAUGUCCAUUUCACUGGCAUCUUGUAUGUACUGGUCUGAGAAGGAGCAGAAAUGGAGUGACUAUGGAUGCAAGCCGGGUCCAUCCACAAACAAGGGCACAAUUCAAUGUCUAUGUAACCAUCUCUCAGCUUUUGGUGGAGACUUCUUCAUCGAACCAAACCCAAUCGACUUUGACAGAGUUCUGCUAACGCUAAAGAACCCUAAAAUCGAAGAUUUCGUCGUUAUGACAACCGUGAUGACAAUUUUCAUCUUGUACUUCAUUGGACUUCUGUUUGCACGAAGAGCCGACAAGAAAGAUGAACUAAAGACCAUCCCAAAUGUAUACCUUACCGACCAUGGAGAUACCUUGUACGAGAUUUCGGUCUUUACUGGUCUCUGGAAUGGUCAAGGAACAACAGCCAACGUAGGGGUCAUCCUAUACGGCGAGAACGGCUACACGGAUGCCAUCAACCUCAACGACUCUACCAUCAACAAGCAGUUCUUUGCUCGAGGAAGUAUCAAUACAUUUAUGCUCUAUCUACCAAAGUCCCUUGGACCGCUCUAUAAGAUAAAGAUUUGGCAUGACAAUAGCGGGGAAAGUCCAGCCUGGUUCCUGAGAGAGGUGGUGAUAGCAGAUGGGAAAGAGGAUAUAGAAUGGCAUUUCCUAGCCAACAAGUGGAUUGCUCUUGAAAAAGGCGACGGAGAAAUCGAGACAGAAAUACGCGUCGCGGAACCGAAAGAAAUUGAGAAAUUUCGGAAUGUGUUCCAUUCGAGGGCAUCGCAAAGUUUGGCAGACGGCCACCUGUGGGCAUCCGUCUUCAUGCGACCUCCCCAGACCUCCUUCACUCGAGUCCAACGACUCUCCUGUUGCCUGUCAAUCAUUUUUGCUACCAUGGUAACCAAUGCCAUGUUUUAUCAGUUUGGCGGCUCCGUGUAUGAUACGUUUCAGAUUGGACCGUUAAAGGUGAGCUGGGCCCAAGUGAAAAUUGGAAUACAGAGCGCUCUGGUUGCCAUUCCCGUCAACGCUAUCAUUGUCACGAUAUUCAGAAACGCACGAACUAAAGAAGAUUCACAAGAUGAGUACAUGCGGGUGUCGGAUGAGAACCUACGACGUCAAACCAAAAACAAAGGAAUACCGCACUUCUUUAUUUACAUCGGCUGGUUUUUGUGCAUAGGAACUUCCAUUGCAUCUGCAGUCGUUAUCAUUUUGUACAGUCUAUCCUGGGGUGGAGAGACGGCCAAUGAGUGGCUCACUUCGAUUCUCGUGUCUUUUGUCCAGGAUAUUUUUCUUACACAGCCAAUCAAAGUCAUUAUUUUGGCAUCAUUACUUGCGUUGCUGUUAAAGAAACCACCGAAUCCCGAAAAGCCACGCGGUUCUCCUCACUGGAAAAAUAAAGUCAAGUACAAGAAAUUUCUUCCUCCGAAGGGCGAGGCGCUGGAGGAGGCUCGAAUGGCCCGCAAAAAGCUCCUUAAAACUGCCCGAGUGUUCAUGGAAAUUUCUACCUACGUUUUCUUUGCUAUAUUGUUGUUUAUUAUCUGCUAUGGGAACCGAAAGUCCUCGAGAUUUCAAAUGAAGGAUGAAUUGGCGAGCAGAAUGAAAGGUUACGAUAAGGUCAAAAAUGUUUCGUCAUUUUGGAACUGGACAGAACACAGACUUAUUCCUGGACUAUACAAUGCUACCUGGUACAAUGGAAGGCUCUUUGAGUAUGAAGAAGGGUUCAUUAGCAGCCGAGAAGCUUAUCUUGUUGGGAUGCCAAGGUUGAGGCAGCUAAGAAUCAAGAAAGUCGAGAAAUGCCCAGCUGAUCCCAGUCACCCAAUAUUUAUGCACUAUAUAUCAAGAUGCAUACCAAAGUACCAUCCUAAAAAUGAAGACACUACUCGAUACCAUCGAUCCGACUGGUCACCUGUAUCCAAUCUAUCCAUGUUCGAGUCAUCGUUUGACCUUAUUGAAGAAUGUCCCCGACCAUGGCGGUACCAAGACCCUAAAGCGCUCAACACCCUCGCGUAUCGGGGCACGUACUCCAGUUACAGUGGUGGGGGCUUUGUCGCUGACUUGGGGUACAACAACAAAAGUGCUCGGAAAGUUGUCAGCAAUUUGAUAAAAAAGAAAUGGAUUGAUAACCACACCGCGGCUAUAUUCAUCGAAUUCACAGUAUUCGAACCAGCAAGUUUGCUUAUAAGUGCUGUUAAGAUAUUGUACGAACGGAUUCCUACUGGUGGCUUUCUGCCUGAAAUACGACUGGAACCCCUGACUGUGUACGGUGUGACAGAUCCUAAAUUACGCACACUUUACCAAAGUUGUCAACUCAUUUUCAUUGGGGUCGUCUUGUUUUUGUUCUUUUGCGAGUGCUUUAAAAUUUAUAAGAUGGGAUGUCGCUACUUCUUCAGGUUUUGGAGCUGGAUGGAUCUGAUUUUGAUAACAAGUGCUCUCUUAGCAAUGGGAACACUGUUUUUUAAGGAGAAAUACGUCAGCGACUUUAUACGAGGGGUCCAUGAAAAUCCAUUCAAAACUACAACCACCGACUUAAUAGUCCUGUGGUCUCUGCUUGAAAUCUACCUUCUGUCAUUCGUUAUAUUCAUCAUGACCAUAAAGUUCCUAAGACUCAUUAGGUUUAACAGCCAUAUUGGACAAUUAAUGCAGACGUUGAAACACUCGACUGCUAAUCUCCAGUCGUUCUAUGUUGUGCUAUUUAUCACUCUCAUGGCCUUCACUCAGAUGGGGAUGCUGAUUUUUGGCAGGAAUAUGGAGUCUUACUCUACGUUUAUUGGGUCGCUCAGUAUCGUGUUACAGAAGCUAUUGGGUACAUCCAUGCAGUUGAGGAAGAUCCAAACGGUUAACAAAGUGCUUGGGUCCAUUUUUGUUUUUGCCUAUUCCAUGACUGUGGCGCUGUUGUUACUUAACGUGUUUCUGAGUAUCUUGAACACUUCCUAUAAAGAAAUCAGAGAAUCAGGACGAAAGAGAAGAAUUCCGAUCGCGUUACGAAAAUAUAUUGAGAAUUACUUCAGAAGUUGUUAUCGGGAGCUCAUGAUGGAAUUUAAGUUAUUUGGAAAGAAAUUUAGAAGGUGGAAGGGAAUGGGCCCAUCAAUGGAUAUGCUCUCCAAUGACAGCCAAGCUGAGCUCUGGGACCUUUGCAGUGACACGACAAAAGAUGCUGCCAUGAUGCCAAAUGGUAACGUGAGCUGUAUUUCCAGAGAAGAUGUUGGCAACGAAAUCCGAAAUAUUYCUUAUGAGGUGGAGCCAUUUUCAGUUACCGAAGAUGUGUUCGAGGAGGCGCCUUUAUUUGAAUUUGCCCAAAGUAACCAAGAUUUUUAUAGGUAUCUUGUGCCUCUUGCGACGUUUGACGAAGAAGAUGACAUCCUCGAUGAGCUCUGUUGCCUUGGUGACAUCAAGACGUCACUGAGAAUGAUUGAGCGUGACCUUUUGCGUGCAACCGCUGUAGAUGAGUAUUCAUUCGAUGAAGAAUUUGUCGAAGUGGAACAAGACACCAAGAGCCAAGAAUGCUUCAACAUUGGAAGCACUCUCUCUGUUACUUUGUCUGUACUAGAAAAUGAAAAACCUAUCCAAGAUCAGGUAGAAAAAGAUGAUAUUUCGCUAUACAGUGUGUACAGCAGCGAGGAAGGUGGAGUAAGCGACGAGAAUGACGRCGAUGAAGGGGAUAUUUAUAACGCCUUCAAUGCCAAGUCUAGCAUGCAUGCUAGUCUUAGUAGUAUUAACGAAAUAUGCGCUAAAGCUGAUCAAGUACCUGAUCCAACGCUACUUUCUCCCAAYCAAGCCGCGAUUAUUAACCCACAGACAAUACGAUGGUGAUUGAUAGUCCAUAUAUAUAAUAUCAAAUAAUAAUAAGUAAUAUCAAAAGCAAAUCGUUUCUUAUCAAUCAUCACUAGUAUCAAAAGUUAUAUCAUGCACUUCGACUGUAUGGUGGGAAUCGGAGCCAGCCGUUAACAUAAAAUUAGUGUGACCCUGCUACUAGGGCUAACUAUUGUUCUAAGUCUAGGGUCACUAUGGUCUACAUGGUCACCAGGGUCACUAUGGUCUACAUGGUCACCAUGGUCACCAGGGUCAGAUUGGUCUACACGGUCACUAGGGUUACCAGGGUCACCAGACUCACUAGGGUCAUCAGGGUCACUAUGGGCUACAUGGUCACCAGGGUCACAUUGGUCAACAUGGUCACCAUGGUCACCAUGGUCACCAGAGUCACCAAGGUCACAUUAGUCUACACGUUCACGAGGGUUACCAUGGUCACCAGACUCACUAGGGGCAUCAGGGUCACCAGGGUCACUAUGGUCUACAUGGUCAACGGGGUCACCCUACGCGCAUGUAAACAAUGUAGUAGAAUAGCUCAAGCUCAAGUGCUCUGCCUCUGCCUUUUCAACGUUUCAAGGUAUCUAGAUCAGGCAAAUCUUAUUAUCAAGACUUAAAUGUUUCCCAUGAUUCUCUGCAAAUAACCCCAAAAGAAAACGAAAACAUACGAGGCCGCCUAGUUAGCCAGCUUGAGUUCAAAAUAAUCAAUGAAAAACUUAAAACCACCAUCAAUUCAUUAUUAUUAUUAUUAUUAUUAUUUUAA